AUGCAGAUCGCAGACCUCAAAACUGGGUUCAAAGUAGGAAACAAAUUAGAUGCUCUGCCUCCGACAGGGGUGCUUACGGGUCCCCUCUUCCCUUGGGUCAUUUGGUCCUUGUGGCAUACGCAUGGAGCUUGGAAAGAGGAGUCACUAGUUGCAGGUUUAGGAGCUACGUUUCAGAGGCAAUCUCCCUACAACACAACAGUGACGAGACUAGAACAAAUGUCAAAAUCCGAACAGUUUGUAAGCUCUCUUCUCAUGGCGGAAGCUCUAGCGAUCCGUAUGGCAUUGACACAAGCACAAAGCAAAGGAAUAACUAAAGUAUGCUUGUACUCGGAUUCGCAAGUUAUCAUCGGAGCCAUAUCUUCAUCUAGGCCGAUCAAGGAGCUCUUCGGGAUUUGUUGA